AUGAUGUUGAUUGAAAGUGACGGUGUGGGUCCAUAUUUUUAUGGUUAUCUCGACGAACUGGAUCCCGCACUUUAUCGGUUCCAUCUGAAGUAUUCCGAAAAUAACGCUUACAAGCCCAAGGCAAUCUUGCUCGAAUGUCUGCCUAGUACAGAAGGACUCAAUUGCCCGAAUGAUUCCGGAGCGGUUUCCAACGAUAUUCCUACCCAGGCGGGAAUGUCCCGCGAGUUUGAGACCGACCUCGCGCGAAGGUUUGGAGAUCUUUUGGGAUGUUGUAUGACGCGGAAUCCUGAUGUUGCGAGAGACUUAACGCAAGAUAGAGAGAGAGGAUCAACCGUAAACGUCUUCAGCCAAACACCAAAUACUAUUGACUUGACGUAUGCAGACCAACCUGAUCCAAUCGGCCUGACUGAUCCGAAGCUCAAUAUGGAGAAAUAUCUUCGGCCGCACUAA